CACGUAGCCUCUUGCAUCGUAAUGGUCCAGCCGUGAAAUGUUCUCAAUGUGUCCAGUUAUUUAAAGAAACGCUGCUUUCAAUUAAGCGGAUAACGGUGUUCAUAGUGGCGGGAUAACGCUGAAUAAACCACAUUGGUCCUGUUUGCUGAAAGGGAGAGGACUAAAAUGGAGCUGGAAGACGGAGUUGUGUACCAGGACGACCCGGGGACAUCAGCGAUGAUGUCUGAACGGGUGUCGGGCCUGGCCAACUCCAUCUACCGCGAGUUCGAGAGGCUCAUCGGCAAAUACGACGAGGACGUGGUGAAGGAGCUGAUGCCGCUGGUCGUGGCCGUCCUAGAGAACCUGGACUCGGUGUUCGCGGAGAACCAGGAGCACGAAGUGGAGCUGGAGCUGCUGAAGGAGGACAACGAGCAGCUCAUCACUCAGUACGAGCGGGAGAAAGCGCUGAGGAAACAUGCAGAGGAGAAGUUCAUCGAGUUUGAGGACACUCAUGAACAGGAGAAGAAGGACCUGCAGAACCACAUGGACAGAAUGGAGUCCCACUCCCGGCAGCUGGAACUCAAGAUCAAGAACCACGCAGACCAGAUUGGCAGGUUAGAAGAACGAGAAUUGGAGCUCAAGAAGGAAUACAACUCCCUCCAUCAGCGACACUCGGAGAUGAUCCAUAAUUAUAUGGAGCAUGUAGAGAGGAUCAAAUUGCAGCAGAUUAGUGAGACUUCAGAGUCAAGCGGUGUUGGCCGAGUCAGGAGAGAGCGGCCUCUUUCUUUGGGGAUCUUCCCAUCACCUGGUGGGGCGUCUCUGCUUAUCCCAGACCCCCAGGCCAAGGCAGAGACACCAAACACAGAAGGCUGGAGGUUCACUGACACAGCACAGCCACGGUCCAACACUAGCCUCAAGGAUGAGCUGUCAGACUUCAACGGCUCCAAGUCGGCCACACCAAUGUCCACCGCAGCCCCGGACAUGGAGAAGGAAGAUGGGAACAGUAAGAGCAUGGAGGUGCAGGCUGCACCAGGGACCAGAUCCAUAUCAGUGGGUUUGCCUGAAAAUGAGGACAGCUCAGAUGUGCAGGACAUCAUUGAGUCCACUCCUGAGCUGGACAUGGAUAUCAUUGGUUACAAGGCAUGCAGCACCCCAACCAAAGGCAUUGAGAACAUGGCAUUUGACCGCAAUACAGACUCUCUGUUUGAAGAGCUGUCGUCUGCAGGCACCGGGCUCAUAGGGGAUGUAGAUGAAGGGGCCGACCUGCUGGUGGAGUACUCCGGUAUGGGACGGGAAGUUGAAAAUCUCAUUCAGGAAAAUUCCCAACUGCUUGAGACAAAGAAUGCCCUGAAUGUGGUGAAUAAAGACUUGAUAUUGAAGGUGGAUGAGUUGACCUGUGAGAAGGAUAUGCUGCAGGGGGAGCUGGAGGCAGUGCUGCAGACCAAGACCAAGAUGGAGGAUAAGAACAGAGAGCUUGAGGAGGAACUCAAAAAAGUGCGAGUGGAGAUUGAGGAAGUGAAACACAAAACUAAAGAUGAAGAAGAUAGUGAUGUACCUACAGCCCAGAGGAAGCGCUUCACCAGAGUGGAAAUGGCCAGAGUGCUGAUGGAAAGGAACCAGUACAAAGAGAGACUGAUGGAGCUGCAGGAAGCUGUGAGGUGGACAGAGAUGAUCCGGGCCUCGAGGGAAAAUCCAACUCUUGCAGAAAAGAAGAAAUCCAGCAUUUGGCAGUUCUUCAGCAGACUGUUUAGCUCCUCCUCCAGUGCCCCUGCUAUAAAGAAGAUGGAGCCCCAGUCCAAUGUGAAAUCCAGCAUGGUGAAGAGGAGUAGCACCUUCUCCCAGUUCCCCACGGAGAAGUCCAAGACCUUCGACUUCCUCAAUGAAGAAAAAGACCAGUGCAGUUCACCAUCACGUAAAGAGCAGAAGAGAGCCCAGUACAGACAGGUGAAAGCCCACAUGCAAAAGGAGGAUGGACGAGUCACUGCACAUGGCUGGAGCCUGCCCAGUAAAUACAAGGUGGCAAACGGUGGCCAGGUGGAGAACAAAAUGAACUUGCCUGUACCAGUAUACUUAAGACCUCUGGAUCAGAAAGAUGCUUCUAUGAAGCUGUGGUGUGCUGCAGGGGUAAACCUGUCUGGGGGAAGGAGCUUACCCACAUCAGAGCUCACUAAGCAGACAAAGGGUUCUCAGAGUAGUCUGGACCAGUUGGAGCAAGAUAGUAAGGUCAGGGAUCAGGAGAAAGGGGAGCAGGAGAAGGAGCUGAUCCUUCAGGAUGAAAUAUCCAAUAGGGUAUGGGUGUGUACUAGCACCCACUCCUCCACCAAGGUUAUGGUGCUGGACGCCAGUCAGCCCUCUGACCUGCUUGACAGCUUCUACGCCUGCAACACCCAUGUCGUCUGUAUUGCCAGUGUGCCCGGUGUGUUGGAAACUGAUUAUCUGGCGGGUGAGGAGGUACCACAAGAUUUGGAGGCUAGUCAAAGUGACAGGGCGUCGCUGGCUGGAAGUGUGGCCAGUGUGGGCUCAACAGGCAGUGAUGGUGCCAUGGCAGCAGAGGGGACCACUGCCAUCCCCCAGACGGCCAGUGCAGGUGUAACUGACCAGCCAGCUGAGCAUAGCGCCAUCUCCGGCUCAGCUGAACUGUCCAGACAGAGCAGUCCAGCAGAGGAUGGGGUUCCUACAGCAGAAGAGGCAACAGAAGCAACGGAGGCCAAUGCUGGUGUGGGUGCAGAAGGAGAGGAGGACCAGGGAGCGGAUCAGAACCAGCCAGGAAUGUACACAGAGCAUGUGUUCACAGACCCACUCGGCGUGGGGCCCACCGAAUCUUCUCCUGUUGACACACAAAGGGGCUCUGGGGAGGAUGGUGUGAACUCCUUAGCAGAGGACUCGGACCCUUCCGAGGGAGAAUUCCUGAGGAUGAGCAGCGCCCUCCCCACCAUGUGGCUGGGAGCUCAGAAUGGAUGUCUGUAUGUCCACUCGUCUGUGGCUCGAUGGAGGAAGUGUCUCCAUGCCAUCAAGCUGAAAGACUCCAUCCUUAGCAUAGUGCAUGUUAAAGGCAGAGUUCUGGUAGCAUUAGCAGAUGGGACUUUAGCAAUUUUCCACAGAGGCAUUGAUGGUCAGUGGGAUCUAACCAACUACCACCUGUUGGAUCUGGGCCGGCCCCACCACUCUAUCCGCUGUAUGACAGUAGUCCAUGACAAAGUGUGGUGCGGCUACAGGAACAAGAUCUACAUAAUCCAGCCCAAGGCAAUGAGGAUAGAGAAGUCGUUUGACGCUCAUCCUCGCAAGGAGAGCCAGGUCCGGCAACUGGCAUGGGUUGGAGAUGGUAUCUGGGUGUCCAUCCGACUGGAUUCUACCCUGCGAUUGUUUCACGCCCACACCUACCAGCACCUCCAGGAUGUGGACAUCGAACCUUAUGUCAGCAAAAUGCUGGGUACGGGUAAACUGGGCUUCUCGUUUGUGAGAAUCACAGCUCUGGUGGUGUCCUGCAACCGACUGUGGGUGGGGACAGGAAACGGCGUCAUAAUUUCCAUCCCGCUGUCCGAAGCCAACAAGACAACAGGAAUAGUGCCAAAUCGGCCCGGCAGUGCUGUACGGGUUUACAGUGACGACAGCGCAGCCGGUGACAUGCCAGGCAGCUUCGUGCCAUACUGCUCCAUGGCCCACGCCCAGCUGUGUUUCCACGGACAUCGAGAUGCUGUCAAGUUUUUUGUCACCGUGCCAGGUCAGGCGAUGCCCCCUCCAGGUAGCGCUGAUUCGGGCUCUGAUGAUCCUGCAUCUGAAUCCUCUGACACAGCAACCUCUGAACCCAAAUCAUACCUGGUCAUGAGUGGAGGAGAAGGUUAUAUUGACUUCAGAAUUGGUGAUGAAGGCAGUGAGUUAGACGGUUUAUCAGAGCAGACAACCAGCGAGCAGUCAGCACCUACGAAGGCUGAGCGGAGCCACCUCAUCGUCUGGCAGGUCACAACCUCUCACGACUGAGAAAAUCACAAACUGUUGUGUCACCGCCAGGGCCGCCCACCAACCCCUGCAUGCCCUUCUCUACAUUUUUAAUUUGAUAUUACUGAUUGUUCUUAAUGCCUGAGUAGUUGACUACUUUGUAAAAGAAAACAAAAAAAAAAACUAUUAUUUUUAGUCCAUGUUUUGUACAGUUUAUUCUUUAUGAAUUUAAAAUCGGUAAGGUGAAGUUUAUGUUAACUUGAAGAAUACGUCCAAGGUCCAAGUGUUCCCUUUUGCUGGGUUUCAUGUUGGAAAAGCUGUUGCACACAGGAAAAGGGCCAAGUUAACACACCUAAAGGUGUGGGCAGUUUGAUCAGGUAAAGUAUGGACGUUUUUUUUUGUCUCACAAACGUUAAAAAAAGAGUCUGGAUGUGAUCACUAUAAAGGGAAAAGUGCUUGAAGCGUUUUUUAAGUCAUUAAAAAGGGAGCAGGAAGCAAGUUUUCAUUUAAACUGAAGUAUAUUUUAUAUUAUACACGCAAGACUUUUACAUUUGUAUACCACAUGUCUGUACGUGUGUGAGCGUGAAGUGUGUGUGUAUGCUUUCACGAACAUCUUUCCUGUGUUGACCAUUUUUAUAAUAUUUACCAUCAGGUCUGGGUGUCAAAAUGUGAUGCAUACAAAACAAAAGGUGGAAGAAAUUUUAAAAAGUUGAAUCAUCACCUGUGAUAUAAGGCUGAUUACUAUACUGUAUUGUCUGAUUAGAGUGAUUGACUUAUUAAAUAUUCUCACACAUACAAGUAGUACUACACACAAAACAAUUACGUUUCAUUAGUAAAUGUGCUUUGAGUCAUUAAAACUAAUAGAAGAAAACACUGUUAGAGAGAUUGUAUAAAAUUGUUCUCAUUGAUACCCAGCCCUAUUUUGCCACAGGUUUAAGUUUUGUGAUAUCAAUAAUGUUUAAACAGUUUGGGUUCCAGCGUACUGUAGGUUAGCAUUAGCCUGCGUGGGGGGGAAUCCCGUAUUAUCGUCCAAGUGUGUGUGCCUGCUCGGUCAUUUUAAAGCUAAACCCUAGUCUGCUGUGUGAGGAGAAUGUGCCUGUGCCACCAGUGUGGUGCUUCCUGUUUGCUUCAGCUCUUUGGCACUUUAAAAUGUUAGAUGUUAGUCGCUUGAGGUUUGGAAAAACACCCAUGGUAAUGUACACUACACUACUGUACUGUGUGCCAACUGAGUGAAGGGAACAAUAUGUAAAAAAAAAAAAAAAAAAUAUUUGAAAAAAAUCAAUUCAUCACCCCAGUAACCAAAGGACGAAAGAAGAAGCACCGUGAAACUGAAUUUCAUUAUUUUCCCACUUUAAACAGUCAGUGAGUCUAAUAAUUUGAAGGGUAUACAUGUAUAUUUUUAGGGUGUCCUCUUAGGGAAAGAAAAAACUUGAAUAAGGGAAUUUGACUGACAAUAACAUUUUUUCGUGGCACCUUCUAAUGGUCAUGCACAUAGCACUAAAGAGAGUCUCCUGAUUGCUUCAUCAUUCCUUGUUUUAUUGUUACAAAUGCAUUUGGAGACCUGGAAGGCAAUUAUUGUUUUUUUGUUGUUGCUGUUAUUUUGUAACUGUGGGACACUUUUAUUAAGUAAUGAGUAUGUUAAUGUAACAUGAAAGCAGAAUACCAAUAUUAAGCAGGUGUUUUAGUUUGUCUUUAUGUCUGAAAAAUUGGUCCAAGAUCGGUCUUCAGUCCAUUUUUUCCAUCAUUCACAAUAGUAACUUUAUAUUGUGUUUCUGCCAUUCCAGUAUUUAUUUCCUUUGUUAUCGAGCCUAUCUUGGUUCAGAAUGUAACUUUCUACAUGAGCAAAAUAUAAAUAGAGGCUAUUGUAAACAAGAUAGUCCAAUGAGUUUACAUGAUUGUUAAUAAUGGUUAAAUAAAAAAAACAAAACUGUAAAGUGAUCAUGUUGGACAUUUUUUGACAAACCAUAAGAUCAAAGUCUGCAAACAAUAACUUAGUGGUUUUCAAACAACACGUUCAUGUACUAAGCUAUGCAUGUUUUUUUAAGAGAACACUGCUAUGUUAUCUGCUAAAUCUGUUUAUUGCCACCGUUUUGGGUGGGAUGGAUGUCUAUGUUUGAGUGUGUGUGUGUGUGUACAGUACAUGUGUACAAGUAGAAGUCUGAGCGUGAGACACAUUUGUCCGUGUGUGUUUGAUAUUGCAAAUGUGCAGUGUAUGUGUGCUCACUGUUAUGUCCAUCUGUAAUACUCCAGAGAAUGGUCACAUUUAGCCGUUGUACCGGACUUCUCU